UCAGUUGUAGUCUUGUUUAUUUAAGUCGCAAAUUGAACCAGUUGUUACCAGUUUACGUACAAGAUCAAGAAAACGCACUACUUAUUACCUAUUUGGUAUUGAAAUAUUAAUUAAUAUUAUCAUUAACUUCACUCUGGAGAACAAAAUGAGUCUAAGUUAAGCGUAUAAAAGUUAUUAUUUACACCUUCAUAAAAAAGAGAAAAUCUGAAUAAUUUAGGUUCUUACUAGACCUAAAAAUGAGAGCAAACACUUUUUUGUUGGUUGUUUUGUUGGGAGUGAUAUCUUUGAUGAAUUGCAAAAACGCUAAAGACGAUUGCUCUGCCAACGAGGAAUUCCUUCCAUGCGGUUCGUCGUGUCCAGCAAGCUGCGCUGACCCUAGCCCAGUCUGCGAUGACUACUGCGUGGCUGGAUGCUUCUGCAAGUCUGGGUACUUAAAGAAGAACAAAACUUGUGUCAAAGCCGACAAGUGUGGUGAGAGCGUCUCCAUUUGCGACGCGAACGAAGAGUUCCUAUCAUGCGGCACAGCCUGCGCUGGUACCUGCACCCAGCCUGAACCAGUAGUCUGUGGGGCCACCUGCAGCAUGGGCUGCUUCUGCAAGUCCGGCUUCGUCAGAGACACCAGCAAUAACAAGUGCGUCACUGUCGACCAGUGUCCCGUUGAACAAUGCUUCAACAAGAACGAAGUCUACGACAUCUGCAACGGCUCCUGUGAGCCCUCCUGUGCUGACCCUGAGCCUAUCUGUACCAAGCUGUGCACUGGAGGGUGCAUCUGUUCAACUGGUCUCCUCAGAGAUGACAAUGGAGAGUGCGUGACGGUUGACAAAUGCCCAGCAAGCAAUUCAACCGACCCUGGACUCUUGGGGAAGUACUUGAAUGCUAUCAAUCGAAUCCUGCAUCUUAACACUGAGGCGACUGAGGCUUAAGUUGAAAUUAACUGUUGAUGUGUUCAGUAGGAUAAGGAUAUUUCACGAGAUUAUGUCACAAUAAGAAACACAAAAUAUUUUAAUGUAUAAAAGCGAAAGGUCACUGACUGACUGACUCACUCACUCAUCACGAAAUCUCAGAAACUACAAGUGCUAGGAGUCUCAUAUUUUGCAUGGUGGUUCCUUUUAGAACGUAGGUGCUCACUAAGACGAGAUUUUGGAAAAUUCGAAGUAGCGGGCGGCCGCUACUUAGUGAAUAAGGCUAUAAAUAAAUCAGUAUUGAUUUAUUACUUGGAAACAUGUAAUUUCUAAUUACAAUACGAAAAAGUAAUAAAUGAAACACACAAAAGUUAAGACUUAUCAUAAAUUGUGAUAAAACCGAACUAAAUACCACAGUAUUGUAAAUUAUUAUCAGAUAAGUAUGUAUGUUUAAUUAUGUAAGUUAUUAUUAACUUCACAAAUUAAUUAUUUUUUGUAGUAGUUAAGUAAAAUAAUUAUUAUUUCUGUAUUAACAACGAUAGCGUAACUUAAUUAUAAAUUAAAUAAAUUGUAUUGAUAAAAAAUAUUUUA